UUGAAGAACCUGCUGAACAGCAAUUCUCUUUACUAGAUGCAUUUAAAUGUACUAAUGAGGCCACACCAACCAUAUAUGUUGUCUUUUCUCCUCUGCCUAUAUAGCAUUCCAUCUCAGUAAGGACCAUUUUAUUUUCCAUUUUCCAAUUGUAAAUAUGGAGCAAGAUACGGAGAAGAAAAAGCGAGAUAGAAUUGAAGUGAGUGAAGAGAAAUGGGUACAUGAUGCAUCUGUGGAUUAUAAAGGCAGAGUUCCUCUCCGUGCUUCCACUGGUGUAUGGAAAGCCUCCCUGUUUGUCCUCACAAUUGAAUUUAGUGAAAGGGUAAGCUACUUUGGGAUAGCCACUAAUCUUAUCUCGUACCUAACUAAAGUCAUACACGAAGAUCUCCAAACAGCAGCCAAGAAUGUAAACUACUGGUCAGGAACAACAACCUUGAUCCCUCUUAUUGGGGGAUUUAUUGCUGAUGCCUACACUGGUCGAUUUUACAUGAUCCUCUUUUCUUCCUUUGUAUACCUCGUGGGAUUAAGCCUGUUGGCCAUGUCUCAAUUCAUCCCAAGUCUAAAGGCCUGCAACACUAAGAUAUGCCAUAAGCCUAGGAAGGUUCAUGAAGUGGUUUUCUUCCUUGCCCUUUACUGCAUCUCCUUAGGUUCUGGAGGAUACAAACCAUGCUUGGAAAGCUUUGGAGCUGAUCAAUUUGAUGAUGAUAACUUGAAAGAAAGGAAGAAAAAGAUGUCUUUCUUUAACUGGUGGAACUUUGCACUGUGCUUUGCAUUGCUGCUUGGUGCAACAGUGGUUGUUUAUAUCCAAGACUUUGUUGGCUGGGGAGCUGCCGGUCUUACCCUCACUAUUUUUAUGGCUCUCACCAUCAUAGCUUUUUAUGUGGGAAAAUCAUUUUACAGGUACAGGAGGGCAGAUGGAAACCCUCUAACACCAUUUUUACAGGUCUUAAUUGCAGCAAUGAGGAAAAGGAAUCUACCUUGCCCUUCAAAUCCUGCUUUGUUGCAUGAGGUCCCAGAGAAGUCCCAAGGAAGGCUUCUGACCCACACUAACGGGCUAAGGUUUCUUGACAAGGCUGCAAUAGUUGAAGAGAAACAUGUUGAGCAGAAGGAGAAUCCAUGGAGAUUAGCAACAGUGACAAGAGUGGAGGAGACAAAGCUUGUUAUUAAUGUAGUUCCCAUAUGGUUAACUUCAUUAAUAGUUGGAAUAUGUGUGGCACAAGGUUCAACACUCUUUGUCAAACAAGCAGCUGGUAUGAACUUAAAGAUAACCGACAGUUUCAAAAUCCCACCAGCUUCCAUGGCAUCUAUUUCAGCUGUUGGUACCAUAAUAUCUGUCCCAAUAUACGAUAGGAUCAUAGUUCCAAUUCUGAGAAAAGUCACAGGUAAUGAAAGAGGCAUCAGCAUCCUUAGGAGGAUCAGUGUUGGCUUGUCAUUAUCAGUCAUACUCAUGGUUGUUGCUGCCUUGGUAGAAGCAAAGAGACUAAGAAUGGCUAAACAUGAAGUCCUCAUAAUAGGGGAAACUAGUGAAAAGACAAUGAGUGUGUUGUGGUUGAUACCCCAAUACUUGAUCCUUGGCCUUGGAGAUUCCUUUUCUCUAGUUGGUUUGCAAGAAUAUUUCUAUGACCAAGUUCCUGACUCAAUGAGAAGCUUGGGAAUGGCUUUGUAUCUUAGUGUGCUGGGAGGAGGAUUCUUCUUAAGCAGCUUUCUGAUCACCAUUGUGGAUCAUGUAACGGGGAAGAAUGGGAAGAGUUGGAUUGGGAAGGAUAUAAACUCAAGUCGUUUGGAUAAGUUUUAUUGGAUGUUGGCUGUCAUAAACGCUUUGGAUUUCUGUGCCUUUCUCUUUCUGGCAAAAAGGUAUACUUAUAAGACCACACAGAGGAGAGCUAUGGAAACUGACUGUUGCAAGAGUGGUGAGAUGGAGAUGGUGGCCUGAUCAGAACCACUACGUGUACCUCUCACUCAUAUUUUCACCUGAACCAAAUGUUUAAUGCAUUGUUUUCAUUAUACCUGCUGGAAUUUGAAUUGCCAAGUUAUUGUUGUAGA